CGGUGAUAUCCUUGGCUGUACACUUGGUCACAUAGACAUCAACACGUGUACAUUUCCUGAAUUACUUAUAUAGCAAGGGCGAAUUUUGUUCAUCCAAAGUCGGCUGGGCCCGUAUGGGCCACGGUAUCGAUAACAGUGAUGAUGCCGACUCGGUGCUCAGCCUAUCGGACAAGGUAUCGUCUCUGAAUUUGAACUUCAAGACCAGCGGCGAGGUCGACAAUCACAUCUCCCCGCAGCUGCCUGAUCUGCCCCAGAUCACAUCCAAAGAAAUCCUAACUGAGGUGUUCAUGCACCGUUCUGUUCUCGCACGCCCAACAGCCCUAUUUGAAGACAACCCAGAAGAGCUUUUCCACGAUAACGAACGUCUCGAACACUUGGGUGAUGCGGUCGUUCAACUGUGUGCUACGAUGUUAAUCCGUGAAAUUUAUCCAAGAUUACGAGUGGGACCUGCUAGUAAAGUGAGGACGAGGGUUGUGAACAACGUCGCACUUGCGAAACACACAGAGGCCUAUGGUAUGACGCAAAAGUUGCUCGUCUCGCACGCACAGGAGCGACAGUUACGCAAGUCCGUCUCUGUGCAGGGUGACACGUUCGAAGCGUACGUUGGUGGGUUGUAUCAAGAGAACAACUACGACCUCGGGCCAAUCUACAACUGGCUCCGUCAGUUGUUCGAACCUGUUGUACGCGAGGCAUAUAAGCAAGAGCUGGAGGAUCACGCGGUUACGAGUGGACAGCCGUGGGCUGCUACUGAGGCCCCGACGGAGACUGCGAUAUUCUCCUCAGCAGCGUUAGCUGGGCAGAGGACGCAGUCUCUUCCGGUUCCUCAGCAGCAGAGCACAGCGGGUAGCAAUCUGCCCGUAGCACCCCCGUCACCGGCUCUCACAGCCAUCUCCAGUCUUGCCUCAUCCUCUAUUGGGACAUCCGAUAUGAGUUCGCCGAUUGCCUCCAGUGUCUACUCUGCAUAUCGCCCCUCUCUCAGCUCAAUCAGCUCUGCUCCUCCCUCUCCCUAUCGUUUCCCACCUCCUGCUCCGUCCCGCGUCGAGUCCGGUCAACUAUCUUUCUUCAACCAAUGUCUUAUCCAACGUGGGAAGACUGUCAAGUGGGAUUUCGACGAGUGCGGAGGAAACAAGACGACUCCUCUGUGGGCCGUGGUAGCGCGCGUGCCAGAUGACAAGGGGAAGCUCGAAAUUGUCGGGGCCGCGCAAGCUCCUACGAAGAAAGCUGCCAAGAAUGAGGCUGCGAGGCAGGCGAUCGCCAAACUGGGAUAUGCUGUCGGGGUGGGCUGA